AUGGUGAUCAGCACCACAACUUCCGAAGCUGCCCCAACGAGCUUCGUUCAGAGUGGCUCUCACGAACAAAGGGGAGGAGCUGAGCCGGAGUUCCGUUCCGCGCUCGGAGACUGGUUCACCAGAAACUUCAUGUACUCCGGAGUCUUACACGCCGUCGUCUACGUGGCACUUUUAUGCACCUACGCGAACGGGGCCGGCGUCGCUCUCCACCCCGCCGCUCUAGUUUACGGCCUCCUCGGGUCCCACGUGAUCUACAACUACGACAGGAUCAUGGGCUGCCAGAGCGAGGACGACCGGUUGGACGCCCCGGGCCGCACGGCCGUCGCGUUUCUCGCCAACUGUCUCGCGCACAACUCAACCGGGUCGAAUCCCCGGGUCCCCGGUCCCUGGAUACUCGCAUCGCUCUUCUUCCUGAUUUCCGCUAUGGUAAAUUGGAACGAUCUUCGAGACGAGGCGGGGGAUCGACUGGUCGGAACCUUGUCGCUGCCCGUUCUGGUGGGCGGUGAGGAAGCACGGUUGAUAUCGGCGGGUCUCUUCUGGAUCUCGAGCGUCAGCGCAGCGGCAGGGGGUAGCUGGGUUCUGGCUCCGUUUGCGCUGAUGAACGCUGUCCUAGCUGCGACGCUAAGCCAGGGGUCAAAGUUCGAAGUGAUACCUCGGCUCUGAUUGGACUUGUGCUCGGACAGACUUCUGCUGGCAAAAGAGAGUAUCAUACUUUCCGGUGUGGUUUAGUGCUUGUAUAGUAGUACGGAC